AUGUUAUCGAUUUUGACUCGUCAUACAUUUGGACGAUUUCGAAUCGCUGCGUUACCUCUUACACAACCAUUUGUACGUGAAAAAAAACGUCGAUUAAAAGAGAAAAUAAAAGCUGAUGAAAAAGCUGGAAAACAAACAACAACGGUAACUACCUCAACAGAUGACAAGCAUGAUUCUAUAGCAAAGAAAACAGCAGAUGAAGAAAACGACGAGCAUAUCGAUCCGAAUGAGUAUUAUAAACUACGUCUUCAUCAUAUUCAAAGUUUAAAAGAAGCGGGCGAAACAGUUUAUCCACAUAAGUUUCAUGUAUCAACAUCAUUGCACGAUUUUAUUGAAAAAUAUACUCAUUUAACGAAUGAAGAAAUUCAUGGAGAUUGUGUUAGUGUUGCAGGACGUGUUUAUUCAAAACGAUCAUCGGGACAAAAAUUAUAUUUUUAUGAUAUUCAUAGUGAAUCGGUUAAAAUCCAAAUUAUGGCUAAUGCAAAACUUUAUUCUGAUGAAAAGACAUUUGCAACAAUCAACGAGCGUAUCCAUCGUGGUGAUAUUAUAGGAGCCAAAGGACGACCGACGCGUACAAAAAAAGGAGAAUUAAGUUUAAUUCCGAAUGAAUUGAUCAUUCUAACACCAUCAAUGCAUCAAUUACCCACAUUACAUUUUGGUUUAAAAGACAAGGAAACACGUUUUCGUCAACGUUAUCUUGAUUUGAUGAUUAAUUAUAAUGUUCGGGAAAAAUUUAUUGUCAAAGCAAAAAUAAUGAAUUAUAUUCGGCGAUUUUUUGAUUCAAUGGGUUUUCUUGAAGUUGAAACCCCAAUGAUGAACAUGAUUGCUGGUGGUGCCACGGCAAAACCAUUUGUUACAUAUCACAAUGAUUUAGAUAUGAAUUUGUUUAUGCGUGUUGCACCAGAAUUAUUCUUAAAGAUGUUGGUAGUUGGUGGUAUCGAUCGUGUCUAUGAAAUUGGACGCGUAUUUCGAAAUGAAGGCAUUGAUAUGACUCAUAAUCCAGAAUUUACAAUAUGUGAAUUUUAUAUGGCCUAUGCUGAUUAUAAUGAUUUAAUGGAUAUUACAGAGAAAUUGUUAUCGGGUCUUGUUAAACAAUUGUUCGGUACAUAUAAAAUAUCUUAUCAUAUGGAUGGUCCCGAUAAGCCACCAGUUGAAAUUGAUUUUACUCCACCAUUUAAACGAUUAUCGUUAAUUCAGGAUUUAGAAAAAGCUAUUGGAGAAAAAUGUCCACCACCACUAGAAUUUUCUACACCAGAAACAAAUAAAUUUUUUGAUAAUUUAUGUAAAAAACAUAAUGUUGAGUGUACAACUCCGAGGACAACAGCACGAUUAAUUGACAAGUUGGUCGGUCAUUUUCUUGAAGUUAAUUGUCUUAAUCCAACAUUUAUAUGUGAUCAUCCACAAUUAAUGAGUCCAUUAGCAAAAUAUCAUCGUUCAAUACCCGGUUUAACAGAACGUUUUGAAUUAUUUAUAUGUUAUAAAGAAACAUGUAAUGCAUAUACAGAAUUAAAUGAUCCUCUUGUACAACGAGAAAUGUUUGAAUUACAAGCAAAAGAUAAAGAUGCUGGUGAUGAUGAAGCACAAUUGAUUGAUGAAAAUUUUUGUAAAGCUUUAGAAUAUGGUUUACCACCCACUGGUGGCUGGGGUUUAGGAAUUGAUCGUUUAACAAUGCUUUUAACGAACAGUAACAACAUAAAAGAAGUAUUGUUGUUUCCAGCUGUAAAGCCGAAUAGGGACGAUUUACACGAUGAAGAUCAUGUUAAAGAAGAAGGCGCAGUAGAACUAGUCAAUAAUAAAGAUGUGACAAAAAAACAUGAUCAAAAAAUUUGA